GCCCAAGUUCUCCUUCAGCAGAUACAACUUCUCGCUAGCCCGCCCACCAACGCCCGCUCCUUCCUGGUCACUGACGUCUACGGCCGUGGAGCGCACACUGCAGGCGGCGAAGCUUGGAAACAAUCCCUCUUCGAUGGGCUCAGCGCAUUCAAUCAAGGGAUCAACUCAACGGCUCCGUUGAACGUCGCCUUCGGUGAUCUUUCUCGUAUUUGGGAUGGAGUGCUAGGCACAGACCCUGGGUACGAGGCCUUCGGAUACACGAGCAACGGGUCCUGUAUCCCGGGUGCAGCUACCGCGAACUCGACAGACGGGGAAUGUGCAGAUCCCAGCCAUACAUUCUAUUGGAUUCACGGGCAUCCGAGUAAGGAGACCCAUCGCAUUAUGGCC